UCUUUAGGAAGCGGAAGUAAAAGGGCGGCCGGCGGCUGGGCAGUUUGUCUGUGAGGCAGGCUGUAGAGCAAGCCGCGGGGAAGGCGCGUGUCGGCUUCUCACUGGCGCAGCCUGCCGCCGCUGCCGCUCCGCUCCGCCCCGCCCUGGCGUUGUCUCUGGCUCUGUAGCGGACUAACCGCGGCCGGGGCAUGGGCAGCAAGGGAGACGCGAGCGGUGCGUGUGCUGCGGCUGCGCUGCCGGUGACAGGAGUUUGCUAUAAAAUGGGAGUUCUGAUUAUACUCAUGGUUCUGUGGCUGUUCUCCUCAGUAAAGGCGGACUCAAAAGCCAUUACAACCUCUCUCACAACAAAAUGGUUUUCCACUCCAUUGUUGUUAGAAGCCAGUGAGUUUUUAGCAGAAGACAGUCAAGAGAAAUUUUGGAAUUUUGUAGAAGCCAGUCAAAAUGUUGGAUCAUCAGAUCAUCACGGUACUGAUUAUUCCUAUUAUCAUGCAAUAUUGGAAGCCGCAUUUCAGUUUCUGUCACCUCUCCAGCAGAAUUUGUUGAAAUUUUGCCUGUCUCUUCGUUCCUACUCAGCUACGAUCCAAGCCUUCCAGCAGUUUUUAUUAUUUAUUUUCAGACCCAAACCUUUAUUGUUCAAAGGAGAUCACAGAUAUCCCUCAUCUAAUCCUGAAAGCCCAGUGGUGAUUUUCUAUUCUGAGAUUGGCUCUGAUGAAUUUUCUAAUUUUCACCAUCAACUUAUAUCAAAAAGCAAUGCAGGCAAAAUCAGUUAUGUAUUCAGACAUUAUAUAUUUAAUCCCAGGAAGGAGCCUGUUUACCUCUCUGGCUAUGGUGUGGAAUUGGCCAUUAAGAGCACUGAGUACAAGGCCAAGGAUGAUACUCAGGUGAAAGGAACUGAGGUAAACACCACAGUGAUUGGCGAAAAUGAUCCUAUUGAUGAGGUUCAGGGUUUCCUCUUUGGAAAAUUAAGAGACCUGCACCCUGACCUGGAGGGACAGUUGAAAGAACUGAGAAAGCAUCUUGUAGAGAGCACCAAUGAAAUGGCACCAUUAAAAGUUUGGCAGUUGCAAGAUCUCAGUUUCCAGACUGCUGCUCGAAUCUUGGCUUCUCCUGUUGAGUUGGCUUUGGUUGUUAUGAAGGAUCUUAGUCAAAAUUUUCCUACCAAAGCCAGAGCAAUAACAAAAACAGCUGUGAGCUCAGAACUUAGAACCGAAGUGGAAGAGAAUCAGAAGUAUUUCAAGGGAACUUUAGGAUUACAACCUGGAGAUUCAGCUCUCUUCAUCAAUGGACUUCACAUUGAUUUAGAUACACAGGAUAUAUUCAGUCUGUUUGAUGUGUUGAGAAAUGAAGCUCGGGUAAUGGAGGGUCUGCAUAGAUUGGGAAUAGAAGGCCUUUCUCUGCAUAAUGUUUUGAAGCUGAACAUCCAGCCCUCUGAGGCUGACUAUGCAGUAGACAUCAGGAGUCCUGCUAUUUCAUGGGUCAACAACCUGGAGGUUGAUAGCAGAUAUAAUUCGUGGCCUUCUAGUUUACAAGAGUUGCUUCGACCCACUUUUCCUGGUGUUAUUCGACAGAUCAGGAAAAACUUACAUAAUAUGGUUUUCAUAGUUGAUCCUGCACAUGAGACCACAACAGAGUUGAUUAACACAGCUGAGAUGUUCCUUAGCAAUCAUAUACCACUAAGAAUUGGUUUUAUCUUUGUGGUUAAUGACUCUGAAGAUGUUGAUGGGAUGCAAGAUGCUGGAGUGGCUGUUCUUAGAGCAUAUAAUUAUGUUGCCCAAGACGUGGAUGAUUAUCAUGCCUUCCAGACUCUGACACAUAUCUAUAACAAGGUGAGAACUGGAGAAAAAGUGAAAGUUGAACAUGUGGUCAGUGUCCUGGAGAAGAAAUACCCGUAUGUAGAAGUGAAUAGCAUUUUGGGGAUUGAUUCUGCUUAUGAUCAGAAUCGGAAGAUUAUUGUUCAAAUUUGCUUUACACUUCCCCCUCAACCUCCUUUUUUUUUCUUGCAGGGGGAACUGCCCCAUGAUCAAGAUGUGGUAGAGUAUAUCAUGAAUCAGCCAAAUGUUGUUCCACGAAUCAAUUCUAGGAUUUUGACAGCUGAACGAGACUACCUGGAUUUAACAGCGAGUAAUAACUUCUUUGUGGAUGAUUAUGCUAGAUUUACUACCUUGGAUUCCCAAGGCAAGACUGCUGCUGUAGUCAAUAGUAUGAACUAUCUGACAAAGAAAGGAAUGUCCUCCAAGGAAAUCUAUGAUGAUUCUUUUAUUAGGCCAGUAACUUUUUGGAUUGUUGGGGAUUUUGAUAGUCCUUCUGGACGGCAGUUAUUGUAUGAUGCCAUCAGGCAUCAGAAAUCCAGUAACAAUGUUAGAAUAAGCAUGAUAAAUAAUCCUGCCAAAGAGAUAAGCUAUGAGAACACUCAGAUUUCCAGAGCAAUCUGGGCAGCUCUCCAAACUCAGACCUCCAACGCUGCUAAGAACUUCAUCACCAAAAUGGCCAAGGAGGGGGCUGCAGAGGCCCUGGCCGCAGGAGCUGACAUUGUGGAGUUCUCUGUUGGGGGAAUGGAUUUCAGUCUUUUUAAAGAGGUCUUUGAGUCUUCCAAAAUGGAUUUCAUUUUGUCUCAUGCCGUGUACUGCAGGGAUGUUCUGAAGCUGAAGAAGGGACAGAGGGCAGUGAUCAGCAAUGGAAGGAUCAUUGGGCCACUGAAGGAUAGUGAGCUCUUUAAUCAAGAUGAUUUCCACCUCCUCGAAAAUAUCAUCUUAAAAACCUCAGGACAGAAAAUAAAAUCUCACAUUCAACAGCUUCGGGUAGAAGAAGAUGUGGCAAGUGACUUGGUAAUGAAGGUGGAUGCUCUCCUGUCAGCACAACCAAAAGGAGAUGCAAGAAUUGAAUACCAGUUUUUUGAAGACAGACACAGUGCAAUUAAACUGAGGCCGAAGGAAGGGGAGACGUACUUUGAUGUUGUGGCUGUCGUUGACCCUGUCACCAGAGACGCACAGAGACUUGCUCCCUUGCUCUUGGUUUUGGCUCAGCUGAUAAACAUGAAUCUGAGAGUAUUUAUGAACUGCCAAUCUAAACUUUCCGACAUGCCUUUAAAAAGCUUUUACCGUUAUGUCUUAGAACCAGAGAUUUCUUUUACUUCAGACAAUAUCUUUGCUAAGGGUCCAAUAGCAAAAUUUUUGGAUAUGCCUCAGUCUCCACUAUUCACUCUGAAUUUGAACACGCCUGAGAGCUGGAUGGUAGAAUCUGUCAGAACACCAUAUGAUCUUGAUAAUAUUUAUUUAGAAGAGGUGGACAGUGUAGUGGCUGCUGAAUAUGAGCUGGAGUACCUGUUACUAGAAGGUCAUUGCUACGACAUCACCACAGGCCAACCUCCACGGGGACUGCAGUUUACUUUAGGAACUUCAGCCAACCCAGUCAUUGUGGACACCAUUGUUAUGGCCAAUCUGGGCUACUUUCAGCUGAAAGCCAACCCAGGAGCUUGGAUCCUCAGACUUAGGAAGGGACGCUCUGAAGAUAUUUAUAGAAUCUACAGCCAUGAUGGCACCGAUUCUCCCCCUGAUGCUGAUGAGGUGGUUAUCGUCCUCAACACCUUCAAAAGCAAAAUUAUUAAAGUGAAGGUUCAGAAGAAGGCAGACAUGGUGAACGAAGACUUGCUGAGUGAUGGAACGAAUGAGAAUGAAUCUGGAUUUUGGGAUUCCUUCAAAUGGGGCUUUACAGGAGGACAGAAGACUGAGGAAGUGAAGCAAGAUAAAGAUGACAUAAUUAAUAUUUUCUCCGUUGCAUCUGGUCACCUCUACGAAAGAUUUCUUCGCAUAAUGAUGCUAUCUGUGCUGAAGAAUACCAAGACAUCUGUGAAAUUCUGGUUCUUGAAGAAUUACUUGUCCCCCACAUUUAAGGAGUUCAUACCUUACAUGGCAAAUGAAUACAAUUUCCAGUAUGAGCUUGUUCAGUACAAGUGGCCCCGGUGGCUUCAUCAACAGACUGAAAAGCAGCGCAUCAUCUGGGGUUACAAGAUCCUCUUCCUGGAUGUACUUUUCCCACUAGUUGUUGACAAGUUCCUGUUUGUGGAUGCUGAUCAGAUUGUACGAACAGAUCUGAAAGAGUUAAGAGAUUUCAAUUUGGACGGUGCUCCUUAUGGUUACACUCCUUUCUGUGACAGCCGAAGAGAAAUGGAUGGCUACAGGUUCUGGAAGUCGGGGUACUGGGCCAGUCAUUUAGCUGGGCGAAAGUAUCAUAUCAGUGCACUAUAUGUUGUGGAUCUGAAGAAGUUUAGGAAAAUAGCUGCUGGUGACAGACUCAGGGGACAGUACCAAGGUCUGAGUCAAGAUCCUAACAGCCUUUCAAAUCUUGAUCAAGAUCUGCCCAAUAACAUGAUUCAUCAGGUGCCAAUUAAAUCCCUCCCUCAAGAAUGGCUUUGGUGUGAAACGUGGUGUGAUGAUGCCUCUAAGAAAAGGGCAAAAACCAUUGAUUUGUGUAAUAAUCCAAUGACCAAAGAGCCCAAACUGGAAGCAGCUGUGCGAAUUGUCCCAGAGUGGCAGGACUACGAUCAAGAGAUCAAACAGCUACAGAUCCGCUUUCAAAAGGAGAAAGAAACAGGAACACUGUAUAAAGAGAAGACAAAAGAACCAAGCCGAGAAGGUCCUCAGAAACGUGAAGAAUUAUGAUCUCUGGAAAAGGAUAGGAAAUUAUCCCAUUUGAAAAACAGUUUUUAUACUAAAUGCUAGUUUUUUCUUACCUGUCUAUACAACUGCUGAUAAACUGGCUGGGCAGGAGUGCCAUACCUUUUGAUUCUGAGCAUUUGAUUCUGACUUCUGCACUCCAGUGGGCGUUGAAUCUUUGGGAUUAAGGCUCUGUUGGAUUUGUACCUCAGAGGAAGACCAAGUGGCUGUUCUUUUGGACUCUGUAAGGAGCAUUCUUCUAGUCAGAGGAUGGAAUGGCAGCAGCAACUGGAAGAAAAUGAGUCUUUUGGUGCCUACACCCAAGAGUACACACAUGCUGCACUGUGUCAGAAAGCAGGCCAGCUGGAGCCUCCAUGUUCUUCCUUACCUCAGUUUACCUGCAGCCUGCACUGUACUGCAGGUGCCCACUCUGCCCUGGGUUUGGCCGGGAGAAGCUCUGUUCAAGGCCCACACGCCUCCAGGUUUAUGCCAACGUGCUACUUGUGCCCUCCCCACCUUCUCUUCCCAAGCAUUAGGUGCAUUAAGUGAAAUACAACCAACAUGGUGUGUCAAGGCUGGUUCGGUGCAGUGGCUGGGCAGAUUAAUUUGGGGCCGUGAUGGGGGUAGGUUGCAGUGAGGGUAGGGAAAAUCCCAGGAGUAGGAAGGUUCUGGGGUGAUGGGAAGGGAAGGAAGACCAAGAGCUGGCCAUUCCCUUUUAUAAAUCAUUAGUAGCAUCAUGGCUCAUUUGAAAUGAAAGCAUUACUCUUAUUCCCCAACCAACUGCAGUGAACUUUCUAGGUAAUUGUUUUGUAAACAAUUUUUGUAUUUGUGAAUGUCUUUGCUUUUUCUUUCCACUUUCUAAAAAAGUCUGAUAUCAAUUUCCUUACUGGAUACAGCCAUACUAAGCCCCUCUCAUAUCCAGUCCGUAGGGGUCAGGCCCCAUCAAGACGAGCACCACAUUGUCUGUCCUCUCCUGUGGAGGAUUUUCUCUCAGACCCAGGGGAAGUUGCCUUGAACUUUUCUCUGCAGAUGCCCUCCGAUCUAAGACCAGGAACAAUUCUGCCCAUGGAACUCAUGGCUUCCUGUCCUAUUUUCCUAUAUCUGAGCACCGUAGGUUACCUUUGGUGCCCACAGCAGUUCUAUCUUCAUGUUGUUGCAUCAUGAAGCCCCAUUAGCCUUUAGUCCCUGCUUUGUGUGUCUUUACUUCCAUAGUCAUUAGUGCCCCUUGGGGCAGCCUCUGCUGGCGAACAGGCUGCAGAGUCUUGGAUAUGUUGUUGGCCUGAGUAGGCGUGAGGCCCUGGCAUCCGACUCCAUCUGCCAGCCUGCAGGGCACAGCAGCACUGGCAUAGACAGGCACGCUCUGUCUUCCAACGCACACUGGCCUUUUCUUACAUAUUUUGCUUGUUUUUAAAAAAUAUGCGGAGAGGGUGCAGAUGGAUAGCUGUACCCUCACCCUUCUAAGCCAGGUAAUAUAUUGACGUGCAGACUUUUAAAGAAAUCAUAGUCUUAUCACAAAUAUCAUGUAAUUUAUUUUUUUCCAUUUUCAAUGCAAAAGUUAGCCUAGGAAGCGUCCCAUUCAUCCCGAAGGACCUUUUGACUUUGCUUUUAUAAUUCCAUUAAAAAUUGAGGAGGGGAUUAAUGGUACAAUGAAAAAAAAAAAUUAAGGAGAGGAGAGCUCAAAAGAGGAUAAGAUACUGAAAAGGUACCUGAGAAUGGCCACUGUUGAUAGUCUGUAGCAUGACUUCCCCCACUCUGCCCCUCUGGUCAGAGCAGCUGGAGAGAUGGGAUCAGUGAGAUUAAAAAACUUGUGUUCACGCUGCAUCUUCACACUGAAUGAAACCUUCAGAGAGGUGAUGGCUGCUGUCCACAACGGUGGGCAGAAGCGUGCCUUUUCUAAGUUUCUUUUCCAGAAGGUUGAACGGGGGAUACUUGAGUCUUUACUGGGAUAUAUGCUUUCCAAAUGCUGGCCCCAUGGAACCUUUCCCCCAUGUCUCUCUACCAAGCCUCUUAUGUUUAUUCUGUAGACCAUGCUCUCUGUGUGGUGUGCACGUCCUGGUGUCACUCAUUGCCUCUUACCUGUCACCACCCUGCCAUAAGUCUGCUUAAUUGUUGACUCUGACCCAGCAUGCUUCCAAAAUGGUCUAGGACCCUCCUCCUCCUGUAAGUUUCUUUUUUUGGUUCAUGUGGCAUAAUCAUCUUUCAAAAUUAACCAAAUGUUCCCGAAAAUGAUGUUACCACUAAAGUAUUGUCUCUAAGGAGGCAUACUGUGAUGGAAAAGAUAGAAAUGACACUUCUGGAAGGCAGUAGUGGCAGGGAGUCAAUGAAUUGAGUAGAGGGUCCCAUCCCUCAGGCUGUCAUUGAGCAGUGACAGUUUUUAAAAACAAACCGAAAAGUCUGUGGAAGUGGCCACAUGCUCUCUAGAAGGAGCACAUAAAGCUCCAUGGUCAAGAUUUGCAAGCAAGAGGUCCUCUCCUGAGUCUUUCCCAGGUACCCAGCAGCGCAGAGCCAGCCAUGGAAGGUUGCAGUGGGACAGGAGUGUACUGUAUGCCUUGCCUUACUUGUCACCAUUGAGAUUUCCAGAGAAAUGGGCAGAGCGCCUUUUAACAGCAACAACAAAAAGCAGAAUAUAUUAACCUAAGGUCAACAGCAAAGAUUAUCAUCAAGUACCAUGUUUUCCAACCAACCAGUUAUUCAUGGUAAUAACAAGAUAAAGGUGGGAAAAUGUUAGAAUUUUUCAGGAAACUACUUUGCAAAUCUUCAUGAACAUCUGAUUUUACUGUAAUUCUUCUCCAUUAAAUGCAACAAUGUGUUCAGGUGCUGCCCCUUGCUUGGGAACAGCAUUGGGGUUUUAAAUGUCCGCAGAAUCUCUGCAUCUGAAGGGAAUUAAGAAAGAACUUCCUGGUACUGUAAUGAAAAUAAGGUCUGCUCAACACAAUAAACUUUUCCUCUCUUCUUUAAAA